UUUUCAGUUUGCUUAUUUUUUGACGAAUUUCUUUUGCAUUCGUCCAUUAAUCUCUCAAAGUCAACAAGAAAUAGAAUGAGUUUGUUUGCUUAAAGUGUGAGAUCUGCGGAAGAUGCAUUUGCUUGCAAAAACUAAGAUGGGGUGUUCUACCUUCUUUUCUCAUUAGUCUUCUAAGGUCAAGUAAUAUUACAUCAUAUUAGAAGUUGUAGAACCAAAUCUUGCACAAAGAUGAAUUUGGGAGAUUGGGUGAUAUCUAUAGAACUAACUUUCAGCAAGUACCCAGUCGUAUAGAGAUUUUUGUAUAUAUAUUACAAAAGUUCUCUAAACUCUAAAGAUAAAAUUAAAUAUUAGAUCAACUGACAGGUAUGUUGUACAAUUGUUGUGAGGUGCAUUAGUAUUAUAAGCCUUAGCCGGUGUUGGAGGCCUGUUAAUUACUGGGUGGUAAUGAGAUAUUUGCAAACUUAUCAAAGAUUCAAAAGAGUAAAUUGUUGUUUUUGUGAUUGCUAUUUCUUUCUUUACGUUUUAUACCAUUUUAUCUUGAUGCGUGUGCAAGAAGUUUUAUGAGUUACAAGAUAGAGGUUUUAAAAUUUGACAUGAUUAGAGUAAAUGUACAACUGCAUUUAAUAGAAUCAUGCAAAUCAAACUUAAGACAUUAGUGCACUUGAUAAUUGGAUUGCAUGAACGAAAAUAGGGGUUGUGUUUCAGAGAGAUUUCUUCCCUGCUCUAAAUUUUUGUUGCAUUUGGAGAAUAUUAUUUAGGUAGCUUGAGCUGACAAAAUGCUAAUACUCUCAAUUUAUGGGUAAUUUUUUUACAUUCAUUUCUUGUAGUGGCACACACCAUGUUUAUCAAGAGAUGAUGUAUGUUCUAUUGUGUUCAUGAUGAUUAAUUUGCCUUUGUGCUCGUCUUGGUUGAAUUGAUGCUAUUUGGCUUUAGUUCAUUUCACGUAGGAAAAAAAAAUUGAACAUGGUUAGAAAGAAAGAUCCAUUUUGGGAGUAUGCAAAGGACUUAAAAAAUGGUCGUUUUUCCUGUAAUUUUUGUAAACGAGAUUUUGCUGGGGGUAAUUCAAGAAUUAAAGCACAUUUGUCUGGGAUUAGAGGCCGAGAUAUUCAAAUUUGUGAAAAAGUACCUGAAAAAGUUCAGUCACAAGCCCGAGAUGCAGUCCCUCCCACUAAGAGAGCUAAAAAUGUGGCAGCAUCAAAUAAUAUUUUUGAGGGUAAGAGUAAUUCGGGUUCAUCAUCAUUACAUAUGCCCAAUCUACGUGAGGGACAAGAUAAGAGUACAGUGGAUCAACAUUUGGUUAAGUUCCUUGUGUCGGAGGGAAUUCGUCCUCGUGCAAUUGAAUCACCCUUCUUCAAAAACUUUGUGAAUGGCGUUGCUGAACAUGGUCCCAGUUACGAACUCCCACAUUCUCGCAAUAUCACAUUAAAGUUGGCGCCAAAUAUCAAAAAUGAAGUUGAGAAAUACAUUGAAAAUGUCAUAAAGGAGUCAAUUAAAACAGGUUGUACAUUAAUGUGCGAAGGUUGGUUGUAUUGUAAUGAAUGGCUCCGGGACAUCUAUGCAUAUACACCAAUUGGAGUGGCGUGCAUCAAGAGACUCAAGAAUCCUUUCGGCCUUGCUUCUGACGAAUAUUUUUUUUCUGAAACAACCUUGUCUUCUGUUAUGGAGGUUAUUGGGCUUACAAAUGUUGUACAAUUUAUCGAUAAUUAUUAUGAUGAUGAUGAUGACGACGACAUCGGGCCAAUUAAGGAUAUGUUUUGCCAUAAGUAUCCGUGGAUUUACCGAUAUUCUACUGUUGAUAUUUUCUCUCCCUACGAAGAAAUAUGUGAUAUUCCUGUUGUGCAGUGUACAAUGACAGUAGCGAAGUGGAUUGUUUUAUAUAUUUACAAGUAUAAAGUUAAUAUAUCGUCAAGAGUGGUACACAAAAAGGAUGGUUUUAUUGAUGCUGAUGUUUUCAAGCUUAUGUCACUUUUAGAGGUUGAAAGUGAAUUGCAAAAUCUGGAGGUAUCUAUUGGAACGUUGUCUAAUGAAUGGGGGAAGCUUAUGUCACUUAAUGACCCACAGGUGGCAAAAUUUAUGCAAGAGACAAAGUUUAUUGAUUAUGCUAUUCAUUCCAAAGAAUUUUGGAGACAAGUGAAAAUGGUAGCACCAAUUAUGCAAACACUAGUUCAAGCUGAUUGUCUGAUUAAUCAUGAUGGCCCAACAUUAGGAUACUUAUAUGAGAUGAUGGAAAGAGUACAUGAUGCAGUUGAACAAUGUCGUGAGAGCAAUGCCGUCCUUUAUGGUCAUAUAUGGAAAAUUUUAAAAACAAGUCAAAUUGCUAUUAUUCGUCCAGUACAUGCAGCUGCUGCCUUUUUAAAUCCUAUUUACAUGUGUAGUGAGAAAUUUAAGGAGAAUGAUAAAAUGAAGAAUGGUGUAAAUCAUAUUCUCGAACGUUUAGUUGCAGUGGAAGAGAAGGAAGAUUUCAGGAACGAAGAACAACUAUAUCGCAUGAAACACUCGAACGUGUUCACAGAUGAAGCCAUGUUGAUGCUUAAAACAUACCAUCCUCGAAUAUGGUGGGAACGUUAUGGCAAUCAUCUUCCUGUACUACAAAAAUAUGCCAUUCGGAUCUUGAGUCAACCUUGUAGUUUUUCAUUGCGCCGGGAAGAUCGGUUGUACAUGGGGACAGUGAUAUUGAUGAUACAUUUAAGGUGAAUGCAUUGAUGAUGGAAAGGUUUAAAUCCCUAGAAGCACAAUCGACAAAGCCAAUCAUUUUUGACGAAUUGGGUGAAGUUUCUCAUGAAGCUUAUGAUUGGGAAAAUGAAACAUCUUUAUUAUCUCAUGCGUCUAGCAGUCUAAUUGAUGACAUAAUAAAUGAUGACAUACUAAAUGAUCCAACCGGUUCAAAGUUUGCAACGCCGUAUGACGACUUCGUUCGCUGCUAUAUUGAUUCUCUUGACUAGUCAAUCAUUGUUAUCUUCUACUAGGUUUACAUUUUCUACUGUAUUUCAAUUGACAUAUCAUUUACUAGGUUUCUUGUAAAUGUGUAUUUUUUUUUUUUUUUUGACACUACAAAUACAGUUGAAUGUUUUUGUUCAAAACAAAUCGUCUUAUGUUUCUUAGCAUAGUAUCGCAA